GUGGCAGUUGCUGGCUGAACUCGGGCCCGGUCAUGGCGGCAGUUCCCCCCGACACCUGGCAGCCGCCCACCGUGUACUUGGAGACCAGCAUGGGGAUCAUCGUAUUGGAACUCUACUGGAAACAUGCCCCGAAGACCUGUAAGAACUUUGCUGAGCUGGCUCGUCGAGGUUACUACAAUGGCACCAAGUUCCACAGAAUCAUCAAAGACUUUAUGAUCCAAGGAGGGGACCCAACAGGGACAGGUCGAGGAGGCGCAUCUAUUUAUGGCAAACAGUUUGAGGAUGAGCUCCAUCCAGACCUGAAGUUCACCGGGGCUGGAAUUCUCGCCAUGGCCAACGCAGGCCCAGACACCAAUGGCAGCCAGUUCUUUGUGACCCUUGCCCCCACCCAGUGGCUCGAUGGCAAACACACCAUCUUUGGCCGAGUGUGCCAGGGUAUAGGAAUGGUGAAUCGAGUGGGCAUGGUGGAGACAAACUCCCAGGACCGGCCUGUGGACGACGUGAAGAUCAUUAAGGCCUACCCCUCUGGAUAGCCCGCUGUCCCUCACAGACACUGCCAGAGCUGCAGGCAGCCCCAGCGACAGCUUCCAGGGGCCCAGAGGGCUUGUAACUCUGAACUCCAUUUUGGCCAGGCAUCUGGAGCUAAGCAGGCCCUGGGGGUUGGGGUGAGUUAGAGAAGGAGCUGUCGUUAGUAGCGCACUUCCCUCCUGGUGCUCUGGUUGACAGGACAUUUGCAGAAACAUCCGUAAGUGUUUAUCCACCACCUCCUGCUCACCACCGGGGCCCCGCAGCCCUCCAUCUCCUUCAUCUUCCUGUCACGUCUGCGCUGACACACUUGGAACAAAAUGAAGCCGACUCGGUCAUAUUACAGUUCUCAGCAAACUUGUUCCUGGGAGAUUUAUAUUCCAGCCCACACUGCAGUCUGGUGGGCUGACAGCCACCGAAUUCCAAAGCAAGUUGUGUGUCCGGCUUCUUAAUUCUGUGCCACCCCUGUUUCAGGCCCCUGUUACUCUUCCCAGGGACCGUGUGUCCAUUUAUUUCUCCUCAAGGCCACACCAGCACUGCUGCUCUGUACACUUAAGCAGCACACACAAAGCCACCCUGGGAAAUGCAUCCUGCAGUCAAGUUUCCCAGAAGGUGUGAUAGGGACAUGGACAUACCGAGAGGAAGUCUCUGUGUUCCCAAGGGAAACACUGCUUAGGCGUUUUAACCAAGACUAGAGAAAUUGGAGUGUUUUGUACAUUUUUGUUUUUUAUUUCUGGAUUUGGGGACUGUAGGAGUGAAAGGAAGUUAAUGUCUGUGUAAUACAUAGAAUCUUCAGAAGUAAAAUGCCAUUGAUGAUUGAAAUUA